AUGCUGACUGUGACAUAUAUUAAAGCCUGGAAUCUGUGGGGAGAUAAUUGGGAUACAACUGACAGCCUGUGUCACUGCAGCGAUGCUCUCCUUUUCAAUCCUGCCUCCUCUCUGCCUGAGCCUCCUUCUCUUUGUGUCGCACAACUCCCCUGUCCUCUCCUGUCGAAUUGGGAACUACAGUCAGUGUCAGGCUGCUCCUUUUGUACCGGGUCACAACCUGGUGGGGGAGGGAUUUGAUGUGGUCACCCUGCGUCGAAAAGGAGCUUACAUGAUUGAUGUGAAGACCUACCUCACCCCAAGUGGCACCUGUACGCUCUGUUCCAACCCACUUAAAGGCAACAACCUACAAAAACUGCCAGUCUCUGCGGUGGAUUGGCGUGCAUUCAGCCGAUGCAAUGCUGAUAUUUACAGCAGUGCACACAGCUCUAUUAGCUCCUUGAUUGACACUUACACCUCCCAGGACAGUACUGACUGGAAGACUGGCCUAAAUUUAGAUAAAUUUGCCAGUAUGGAUGUGGGAGGAACACAAUCCACUGCCUAUAACUUUGCUACAACAAAGACCAAAGAGGACCGCUACACCUUCAGCAUGCACAGGGUCACCUGCAACCAUUAUGGUUACAGAGUAUCAAACAGACCACCUCUCAGCUCUGAGUUCAGUAAGGAUGUAGCCAAGCUACCAAAUCUCUACAACAACUCCACCAGAGCUUCAUACAAUGAGCUCAUACGUACCUAUGGCACACACUACAUUCGCCAGGUUUACCUUGGCGGUCGACUGAGGCGAGUCACGGCUGCACGAACCUGUUUGUUCUCACUGAACGGACUCUCCUCCAGUGAGGUCCACUCCUGUUUAUCGCUGGGUUUCUCUGUUGGCUUGGGGAAGUUGACACUAUCCAGUAACACAAAAUCUUGCAACCAAGUCCUGCAAAACCAGGGUCUCGCUGUUACAUACAGCUCUGGACUCCAUCAGCACUACACAGAGGUGGUAGGAGGCAAUGGUUGGUUGGGAGAGUUUUCACUCACGCACAAUGACUCCCUUGGCUUUGGAACUUGGCUGAGCACCCUAAAAGAUCAUCCAGAUGUUGUUUCCUACUCCCUUCGGCCAAUCUAUGAGCUGAUGACAAAUGAUAUACAAAAGGCAGGGAUGAAAGCUGCCAUAGAACUGUAUUUGGAGGACAAUGCUAUGAAAAAGUCACCCCGGGAACCAGAUUGUGGAUGGCACGUUCCUAAUCUGGCUUCCAACUGCUGUCCUCUACAAGCCUGGAGGGGGACUCUAAGUGUUACCAUUGUCCGAGCCUGGGACCUGAAAGGAGAUUCAGUUGGGAAGACUGAAGGCUAUGCCCAGAUGUGGUUUGGUUCUAUCUAUCAAAGGACUCAUUGGAUUCGGUCAAACAACCCCUGGUGGAAUGCUAAUUAUAAUCUGGGCAAGGUGGACACACACUUGGGUUUGAAGGUUGAAGUUUGGGAUAAAGAUGUAUCGGUUGAUGACCGUCUGGGAUCAUGUGUCAAGUAUCUGCAGCAGGGGACACACAGAUUUACCUGCCCAGCUAAAAGAGGUGGUUUCGAGGUCCAGUACACUCUGACAUGUGACCCAUAUCUGACUGGAGAUCGGUGUGAUCGUUAUAAACCAUCUGCCAAAUGAAAAAUGUAUUUUGAGUUUGCAUGUUUUUCUUUAUGAUACAGCUGCUGAUCUAAUGGAGUGUAAAAAUCCAAGUCACUAAUCUGCUUAUGCUUUUGUUAAAUUUGGGGCUUAUCUACAUACAGAAAAUUUUAAGUCAAAAAUCUGAUUUUGGGUUUUUUUUAAUUGAUUGUAAAUAGAAAUAUAUAUAGACUUGUAAAUGCACACACACUGAAUCAGCUGUUAUAUACUCCUACUAAUUUGUAAGUCUAAUAUCAGUUGUGUGAAAACUGUCAAAUCCUUGUUGUACUACU